AUGAUCGCAGAGCUAGAGUCGGCUCCCCAAUUCAUUUCUGGGGAAGGGGCCUUGUACCUCCCUACAUGCAUAAUCUAUCCCGAGCUAGGUCUCACGUGCCGGGACCUCCUUAUGAAGCAUGCUUAUCAGAGAGGGAGAGGGAGUUUACUUGCUCGACCAGAGGGAGAGGGAGCAUUUCUAGGCAAGUUUCCGGCCAGCCAAUGA